UGGAUGGUUCGUCACCAGGCGGAUCUGCUGGGCGUUGGGAGAUGAGCUCCAGCCCCCAGCCACAUGUCCUUGGUCAGCCACGUGCGUCAUCCUUCAGCCACAGCUGCGUUUCGAGCUUUGGCUACCGCUGUGGCUGGUGCUUUUCAGCGAUGAAGCACGAUGUUGAGCUUUGAAGCGACGCAGCAAUUCAUCACAAACGCGCUCAGCGGUGUCGUGCAAUGCUAAUGAGCCGGGCGUUGAGUUCAUAAUGAUCUUGACGCGGGUCCGUCAGGCCCAUGCCGGACGAAGUUGCCUGCAGCAGCUCAACUGCACGAGAAGGCUCUCGGUCUCAUGGCAGCAGGGCGGCCGAUGGAGAUUUUAUAGUCAAGCGGCUUCGGGGUCGCAAUUGGACAACACGCGCAAUAUCGGAAUUAUCGCGCACGUUGACGCGGGGAAGACAACCACUACAGAGCGCAUGCUCUUCUACAGUGGAGUGACACAACGGGUCGGAGAUGUCGACGCUGGCAACACCGUGACCGACUUCUUGGAGCUGGAGCGCGCCAGAGGAAUCACCAUCCAAUCCGCAGCCAUCACGUUCCACUGGCCUUUGCCACAGAAUUGUGCAAAAGGCACUCGCCCCAAGACAGUGAACCUCAUCGACACGCCAGGCCAUCAGGACUUUCGCUUCGAAGUGGACCGAUGCUUGCCAAUUCUAGACGGAGCGGUUUGUAUCAUCGACUCUGUCAAAGGCGUGGAGGCACACACCGAGCGAGUCUGGUCUUCAGCGCAUGAUUUCCGUAUCCCGCGCAUCGUCUAUUGCAACAAACUUGAUCGUGAAGGUGCCUCCUUCCGAAAAAGUGUUCUGGAGAUUGGCACCCGACUCAAGGGAUGGCCUUUGGUCUGCCAGAUCCCGUGGUGGGAGAAGGACGAGUUCGUUGGUGUCAUUGACAUCGUCGACCGCAUCGGAUAUCGAUGGAAAUCCGAGCGGGAGAAAGUGCGGUACGAGUCGGAUGCACUGAAGGAGAAGUUGGCCUCGUCGAACAAGGACCUGAUUGCUGAGGUGGAGAAUGCCCGGCAGCGGCUCAUUGAAGGGCUGGCAGACUUUGACGAGGCCAUCAUGGAGGAGUUUCUGGCCGAGAACACGGACAUAUCUUCGCCCAUGAUCAAGCAGGCGAUCAGAAGGGUGAUACGGACAGGCGACGGCUCAGUCAUACCCGUGUUCGCAGGCUCGAGCUUUCGGCAUAUCGGCGUUGAGCCUUUGAUGGAUGCUGUCACAGACUAUCUCCCCAGCCCACACGAGCGACCGGACGUGGAAGUUCGGAUAGGUGGACAGAAGCAGAAGCUUUUGGCAUAUCUCGCGGAGAAGGAUAAAAAGGGCAACAAGGCCACAGUUGCCUCGGUGGCGUCCGUCUUCAAGGUGUUCAACCAUCCCAAGGAGGGUGUCAUAAGCUUCGUCCGUGUAUAUCACGGUUCGAUGUCAAGGAACGCCUCCACCUUCAAUACACACGUACACGCGACGGAGAGACCAAUGGGUAUCCUACAAAUAUCAGCCGAGAAGACCCAGGAGGUCCAGGAGCUCACGGUUGGCCAGAUCGGUGCCCUUCGUGGUCUCAAGCAGUCACGCACAGGAGAUACUCUCAUCACGACGGUGGGCAACAAGCCUACUGCUGAUGCCUUCAAACACAUGCAGAUCCGUCCUCCUGAGAUUCCGCCCCCGGUGGCGUUCUUGCAAGUCGACCCGUUCGGGAACUUGGCCGCGCAGGAGCUUCAGGUAGCCUUGGAGAAUGCGUCGCGAGAAGACCCGAGUCUACGGUGGAGCCGGAACCCAAAGACGGACCAGUUCACUAUCCAGGGUAUGGGCAAGCUGCAUCUUGACGUGUCCUUGCACAACAUGCGGCAAAAAUACAGAAUUGACGCCGAAUUCGGUGCGAUUGAAGUCGACUACAAGGAAUGCCUCACGGAACCAGCGCCGCCGCUCACAACCGUCUUCGACCGUGCCGUGGCGAGCAAAGCUGGCAAGGUGACAUGCAAUGUCGCUAUCCGCCCCUUGACGCCCGAUGAGUUUGAAGCCGAGGCACAGAAUGCGUUUGAGCGGGAUGGCAAUGUCUAUGACAUACAGAUACCCGACGGUGAAAAGUCUUUCGAUGUUGAGGAGACGAGGCAUCAGCUGCUCAACGGCGCAAUAGCCGGCAUGGCGAGCGGUCCACGAAGGGCCGCACCGGUACAUGGCAAUCUUGUCACGGUGGUCCUGGACGACUCGGACGGUGCCAUGGCCACCCCAACAGGCGGACACUUUAGCGGAGCCGCAAGAGCAGGCGUACAGGCUGUCCUUCGCGGCGCCCUAGAGAGGCACCAAAUCGGCGUCCUAGAGCCCAUCAUGCUCGUGCACAUCCUCUGUCCCGAAGCCGCAGCGGGCACCGUGCAACACGACGUGACAGCCGGCGCAGGCGGUGCCAUUCUCGAGGUCAACGACCGCUCUGCCGAAUCGACGGGCGACGAGCACAUCGAUGUCUCCAAGAUAUACGCACCGCCCGACCCCUAUGAUUCCGUCACGUCGCUCCGUGGCAAGAAAUCCAUGGCUCGGGUGACGGAGAUUGUCGCCAAGGUGCCCUACAAGGAAAUGCUGAACUACGACGACCAUCUUCGAAGCAAGACGGCCGGCCGGCAUUCCAUGACCAUGUCCUUUGACUCCUUUGCGCGAGUCGUGGGGCAUCGUGAGAAGGGGCUUUGAGUGCUUCUGAAUAUCAUGUACGAUAUUGUAGGGACGAUGUCUAGGGGUGUAAUGAAACGAGGCAAUUUUUGAAUCCAACUAUGUUUCCAGAGCAGAAUCAAGUGUAUAGUAACUGCCCAGUCUGGCAUCCUUUGACUAUGUGGCCGAGCCUACAUCGAGACACCAGGGUCCCAAAGCACUAAACUUAGUUGCCGGUGUGAUGGCUCCUGGGGCGUCACGUCUCGUCUGACCUGCGCCAAUCUCAGAGACUGCAGCGAUGAGAGUAGGCCUAGCUGAGGGAACGCUGGCGAAUGCCACGCAGUACGAACCAGGACAAUGCAUAUCGAGCAGUACCUGAACCUCAAGUAUGGCAACUGUAGAGCACACAAUUUCAGGGCAAGCUAGAAGACACAAA